AUUUACACGUGAAGGUUCAUAUUUUAAGUUUCUUUUUUUUAAAAAUCGAGCUGCCUUAGCAGACCUAGCUAGAGGAGGAAAAAUCACUAUUCGGUUAACUAUUUGUUCCUUUGCAUAUUUGUUUUAUAGCUAUCUGGCACAAAUAAUUAUAUCUUGAUCACAUGCGUGCGUGCUGCAGAAAUAGAUGGCAAAAACGGUGUAUUAAUGUUAAUUGAUGUACGUAUAUAAAUUCACAAGCUUCAGUUCACCAAUGCCUGGGAUUCUUUUACACACAAAUGUAAGAAUAAUAAUGGCGGGAGUUUAUCUUGCGCUUUUGGUAUUACUUUGUGGGGGACUUUCUGAAACAUUGAGUGAUACUGACAUUAUUUCUAGGAUCUCUAAUCUCGAGUUCUCACAAGCUUUACCGAAUAAAACUGUUUAUGGCAGACCGGUCAUUAAAAUCCCUCCGUUUGGGCGGCUUCCAGGACUUAUGCAAUAUGUUCCAAAAGGAAAACAGCUGAAAGAAAAACGACUGAGAAGAAGACUUGGAAAUGACUUUGACAAGUUUUGGAUGUCUAUACAAAAACCAAUCGAGAAAGAAAAAGAAAUAAGUGUCGUUGGACCCAACCACAUACGACUUCAAAUAUUAGAGGAUAUUGAAAACUUUACCAAGUCUUAUAAAUUUCAGAUUGAAAAUACAACUGAAUAUGUUGAUGAAACUGUGUCAUUCUUCAGAAGAAUGAUGACCUAUGGAUCAUGUGAAGUUGAGUAUGAAUGGGAGGACCUAAGCGUCCUAUUUUGGCCUCGGUGGGUAAAGCGAGGCUCCUGCAAUACGGAAGUGUCGUGUUCUUUUCCGGCGGGAAUGUAUUGCACCUCUGCCCGAAGUAAAGUCAUCAAACUUUUGAGGUGGACUUGCAAGAGAAAACGGAAAGGCUCUAAACGCCGGAAAAACAAAAACAAAACCGACAAAAACAAAGAAAAUCAGAAGAAAAGUCGUUUUCCCGGUGUAAAAUGCAGAUGGAAAAAGGUACCGUAUCCGGUAACAGCUGCUUGUGUGUGUUCAUGCUGACAACGGCCACAUUUGUGUUUUGUGUAACAAUAUUUUCUUGUGAUGACGAACAGCAAGACAAAACACAUGCCCUGGAAUGCCUUAAUCGAUUCUUAACAAUUGUCAGGACUCAGGAAUGUUAGAAGAAUUAUGAAAAUAAAAUACAUUGAAUGAUGUUCCAACAAAACAGAUGCCGCUGGCAAACUCAUUAGAUAAGUAACUAAGAAACUGUGGUGUAAAUAUAGACAUAACAAUGCCAGUCUUCUGACUAUGAAAUAUUGCAGACAUUCGAAUUUUUUUUCGUGCUAACUUAAUGACUGACGUUCAUUAAUGAAUUUUCAAUGUUUCAUUAUGUGUAAUAAUGAACUUAUGUAUAAUGUCUUUAUUUUUUUGCUUUUAUUGUAAAAAAAUUGUAAAAAUUACACUACUUUCAUAUUGUAAAGUAAAAUAAUUUGCCUUCA